AUGUCUGCGACAAAUCUGGAACAGGGCUCCGGAAAGAGAAAACCUGACACGAGCCUGUCGAGCGAUGCGCAACCAAUAAAACGAUCCCGAAGCCACGAAGUUCCGACUCAAGCAUUUGCGCUUGCAGCUCCUCACGAAUCCAUCAUUGCCGAGCUCAAACCCAGAUACGAUGUCCUUCCUGCUUCGGUUAUAUCAUCAACACAAAUCAAGAAGCGUAUUACAUAUGUUGCCAAUCACUUACUAGCCCAGGGCGACCGUCCACUAGUAGCUUUGCUAUAUGCACGCACAGAUGAUGUUUGCAAACUCAUCACAGUGGUGGAAAAAUGCAAACGUGUUUUGAGCGAGGAGGGAAAACCGUACUAUCAGUACAACCAGCUUUUCGACCAACCAGAAAAGCCGAGGCGGAAGGACAUUGUUGAGGAGACAAUACUUGAGGACGGCGCAAUGAACAAUGGCGACGAUUCUGACAGCGACGAAUUUGAAGUCAUGCACAGCCGAUUCGAAGACGCCGUGUUGCCUCGCCCUUCUCCUCGGACCAUUAAGUCAAUGAGGGUUUUCCUCUCGAUCACGCCCAUACCGGAACUGAAGUUGAAGAACAGUGUCACAGUUCAAUCAGGGUCAACAAACUAA